ACAGAAUUUCAAUGUUACAGAACGACACAGACCGAGUAAAAUGAAUGCGAAUCUUUUACAUUUGCUUUUAGCCAUUGUGUUUACUGCCAGUAUUACCGACAAUCUUGCUCAUCGUAACGGCCAUUUCGACAGACAUGAUCCAGGUGAUAUAUCGGACAUCUCUUCCGUUAUUGCGAAUGCUCGAGGAUUUCAACUCAGACAAUGAUGGUAAUCUCUUAUGAUUUUGUUAUUUUCAUGUAUGAACACGCUUGCCUUAACGAUCAUUAAUAAUAACGAUCAAUAUAUAUUAAAAUUAUGAGUGCCAAACAAUAGACGAGAUCCUAGAAUAAUAUCAUUGGUGUGAAAUUUUGCUUUCAACGAUGUAGAAUUUUCAGUAUUUUAUUAUGAAGGCUUGUGAUUCUUGAUCAACUGAACACAGUAUACUCAUUCGUUCUGUCUGAUAGAUGCAUAAAUGCGAUCCACGUUAAGUGUGUUUCAUUUUAACAAUUGCUUUCUGUUGGAAGUCAUCACAGUAAAUAGAUGUGAGGCAAACAUGCAUUUUAUUAAUACGUACAUUAUGAAAACACUAAGCAGUGUUCGUCUUUAAUCGACAAAGAUGUGAUAUGGAACACUUGUCGGUAUGAGAAUGAAAAUUGUUGAAUGUUUUAUAUGCUCGAUAAGCGACACAAAAUUCGUAAGUUCACAAGUUCAUUGCAUCGAUUCGCGUUAAUUCCUUAAAGCAAUUUCAUUUUUGACGUGGACUACUCGAAAAUCCAUAUUUUUCUCAACGACUGGCUCUCGUUCUUCGACAGUUUGGUUAUGAUAACGCCAGGCUACUUGAAUGACCGUCAUAAGCUUGGUCGAUCCAUGUAUUAAUAAAUCUUGUCACGUGUGAACAAUUGUCUACAUAGUCAAUUCAGACCGUUGCAUUUAAAUGUUUGAGCAAUUUCAUAUAACCUUCUGGAUUGUUGUUCACUUCUGUUUUCUUGAUUUGACGAUGUGAAUUGUUGUCUUAUGCCAUUAAUACUUGCACUUUUCCUACCCGUUAGCUAAGUAAAUCAAUCUCUUCACAUUCAGUCUCUGAUUCCUUAUUCAUCAUAAUCUUGUGUUGAUUUGUUUUGUAUAUUUCAACAAACGUUUGUUGAUUUCAUAUUGAUCUGUUUAGACGAUAAAUCAGUUUCACUCACGUUAUUCAUACUACAGUCAGCUUAGUUAAAUCAAGUGUGUGAUAAGGAUCAUCAUGUGAACUGUUCAAAACCAUCGUUGGGACUUGUCAUCUGGACCUAACUGCAUCUUGUAGUUGAUGUUCACUCCGAGAGUGACUUCAAAGGCGAUUGCGUGAUCCACUAACCUACCGAGUCUAGGUAGUCACUAGCCUGUUUAUUGGAGCGAGGUUUUAAUUCAUUUCGUAUUGUCCGUUUGAAAUUUAUCAUUGGAGUUUAGGCUUGCAAUUGACCAGUCUCUUAGUGGCACAUGUGCAUUCUCUGUUCACUACUUUGAUACUAGUUUAAGUCACAAGCAUUUUAAGGAGGGAUGAACGGUGGCCACAUUAGUCUCUUUGACCAAUCUAAACUUCGUUUAAUUUAUCUAGGUCAUUUAUUCUCUGGAGAAUUGGUUUACUUUGAGUCACAAAGCGCAUGAAAACACAAUUUGUUCUGAAUGCAUUCAAAUUAUAUAUAUGUACGAACUAGUCAUAUAUUUCCAGUAUAAAUUACUGCACUGAUUUUCUGUGUGGAAAAGCCACCUUUGUUAGUUCAUUCUUUGCUGAGUAUGACUUCAUUCUCAAUAGGCAUGAAUAAUUUAAAUAUAAUUAAUUCUUACUUUAUUGUUUUUCAGAUACACUCGCGAAUUCCGUUUCUU